GUCGGAUACAAAAGCUAGUCCAAUCAGAAGAAAAACUACAGUGCAUGAGCGCACGAGAGAGACGUUUCCUGAAGCAUUGCGGAAGAGAGGAGCGCCGCGAAUUCCUGAAAGUGUAGUUGGUCCCAGUUGAUACUGCAUCAUGUCUUGUGCGCUUCUACUGUUGUUGACGAGCUUGGCUUUGGCCAUGGGCACUGGCACAGCGGUGGAGAUCCAACGUCCACGCGGAGUACCACAAUCAAAGAGACAGUUCUAUGAGGAGAACAAGCCCUUUACCUGUUUGGACGGCUCCAGCACCAUCCCCUUUGACCGGGUCAACGAUGACUACUGCGACUGCAGGGAUGGCUCAGAUGAACCAGGUACUGCUGCCUGCCCCAAUGGCAGCUUUCACUGUACCAACGCUGGCUUCAGACCCGCCUUCAUCCCUUCCUCCCGGAUCAACGACGGCAUCUGUGACUGCUGUGACACGACAGACGAGUACAACAGUGGUGCCACUUGUCAAAACACCUGCAGGGAGAUGGGACGCAAGGAGAGGGAGAGUCUGCAGAUAAUGGCUGAGAUCACCAAGGAAGGCUUUCUGCUCAAACAACAACUGAUACAUGAAGCUAAAAGGGCACAGGAGGACAAACAGGGCAAGUUGACUGAGCUGCAGGGUAGUAAGAAGGGUCUGGAGGGGAAGGUGGAGGCUCUGAGGACCGUUAAAGAAACAGCGGAGGAUCCAGAGAAAGAGGCUAAAGAGCGCCACCUGAAGUCUUGGGAGGAACAAAAAGAACUCAUCCGUAUGGAGAAGGACAAAACUAGAAUGGCUGAGGCUUUUCUGGAGCUGGAUGAUGACUCAGAUGGCUAUGUUUCUGUGGCUGAGCUGCAGUCCCACCUAGAGCUGGAUCCAGAUUCAGAUGGCUCUCUGACAGAAACAGAGACUCAGGGAUUGCUGGGAGGAGAAGGCAAAGUGGACACGUCAACAUUUGAAACUGUGUGGAGCGGCAUCAAAGACAAGUACCUGUCAGAGGGCCUGUUGGACCCCCCUGCCCCAGUGGAGACCCCCCAGGAGGAGGAGUCCAGGGACUUUGUCUCUGACCAUGACUCUGACCACUACCCAGAGGAUUACGCUGGAGAGCAGGAGGAUGAUGAGGAAGAUGAUGAUCACGAGGAGGAGGAAGAGGAAGAGAAGGUCCCUCCCACCGUGCAGACCCCAGAGAAAAGAGAGGACGAUGAGUUGUCCAUGCCACCGUACGACACAGAGACCCAGAGCCUUAUUGAUGCUGCCCAGAAAGCCAGGGAUGAUUUUGAUGAAGCUGAAAGGGCUCUCCGGGAAGUGGACGAUCAAAUGAAGAACCUUGAGAAGGAGAUUGGCUUUGACUUUGGGCCAAGUGCAGAAUUUGCAUACCUCUACAGCCAGUGCUACGAAUUAUCCACAAGCGAGUACAUCUACAGGCUGUGUCCAUUCAAUAGGGUCUCCCAGAAACCUAAGUUUGGGGGAUCAGAGACUAACCUUGGCUUGUGGGGACAAUGGGCUGGUCCUGAAGAGAAUUUAUACUCUGUGAUGAAGUAUGACCAUGGGCAGGGUUGCUGGCAGGGCCCCAACAGGUCCACCACAGUGAAGCUGACUUGUGGGAAGGAGACGGUGGUGACGUCCACAUCAGAGCCCAGUCGCUGUGAGUACCUCAUGGAGUUCACCACCCCCGCCGUGUGCCAGGAGCCAGCCAGCCUGGACGAAGUACUGCACGGACACACAGAGCUGUAGUGCUCCCCACCAACAGGUUUCUCUUAAUGGACUACAUGCUAGCCCCCCACCCUUCUCUGCAACAACCAGCUGCUUCACUCUGGCUUCACAAACUGAAGAUUCAAAAUGGUUGCUUGUUCUUUACUCCUACUUGUCUGUUUCUUUAACUUGUUUGUCUAGGGUUAGUGUUUCAAUUAAUUUAAAAAAGUUGUCAUUCCCUUUAUUUAUUUUUUAAACACAUUUGAGUGCUGAAUUGUUUUCUCCUAUGGUCUACUUUGCCAAUCAAUGAGUUGUACUUUAAGCAGGAUAGUCAGUAUAUUGUUAACUGUGCUCCAAUACUACAGUAGAUUAUGCCAAUGAUGUGCAUUAUGAUGGUGGGCAGUUUUCCUUACAUCAAUGGUUUUGCAUUUUUACCCUCUGGAAACAACACUCAAUGUCAUCUUGUAAAAACGACAUGGGCCACUCAGAUAUGUAACCUUUUAUUUUUUCUGGCAUGUAAAGUACAAAUAAUUAAACAAUUCCAUGAAAAAGUCUUCAAGCGUCUUCAGCUGAAAUCCCAGUAAUAAAUAUCCUAAACUGAAAGGUUUAUUUUCUUUGUUACAUUUUGUCAUUGUUCAUUUGGUCAUGUUUGGAAGUAUGAGAUUUUGAUAUCUUCCUACUGACAUUGAUACAUUGAUGCCAGUAGAUCUGUUUUGAUCAUUUCCUUUUGAUUUGUUCUACCAUUCCAGGAAAAUGUUGUAAGAAGAACGUCUAAGUUACUCUGUGUCCCCCCCUCUUCUAAAUAAAUAGACACAAAAUACAGUUGGUCGAGAAACAGAAGAACCACUGACCCCUUUCCAAUACGAGUAACCCCCCCCCCCAACGAUGCUUUCCUCCUGGCUGCUGUUGGAACUACUGUACAUAGAACUCAGAUGUCAUGUUGUAGUUCUGUACUAUGGUCCUUCUAAUAACUACAGUAGUUCACCAGCAGUAGGAGGGAAAGCAUGCUGAGUGCACAUGGAGCCUCAAGCACUGCCUAAGGUCCAGGCUCUGCCCUGGAGCCAACAAUAGGCCACAUCCCAGGCCCAGCACAUGUCCUGACUGACACUCCCUAGGGUUCUCAGUGGCUGGAAAAACAAGACUGUGAUUAGAUUAAAUAACCAAAAGGUUUUCAUUUAACAAGACAAACAGAACACAGGCAGUAAAGGCAUAACAUCUAGCACACAGCAUGUAUGUUUAUACACUUCAAUGAGUUAAAUAUAGCAGUGCAUUCUUUGACUAUGGAGAACAUUUCCAAAUCGUACUUCUAAAGCUGUUUUUUUUAAAUCUAUUUGUUCCCUUUUUAAGAAAGAAAAUGUAACCACAAUUUUGGCAAACUUAAUCUUUUAAACUUGCAAAUGUAAUGAAAUAAACCAUAAAUAUACACAAAACAUACUUUAUACGAGGCAAUAAUAAAUAGUUUAAGUUAACAAUAAGUUAAAACUACAAGCUUAAAGUCGCCCAAAUAAUACAAGUUUGUUGGCGCUAUCUUGAAUUUUUUGUUUAAAUUAUUUAUGUCGCAACAAAAGCUACCACAGACUUUUACAAACACAAUUGAACACAUUUUGAUUGAAAUAAAAUUCUAACUAAGUCUAAAAUCUGCAUACACUAAGAACUGCAACUAAUUAAAUAAUGGAAUGAAAAAAUAAAUUACCCAAUCAAAGCAACCAAAUAAUAUCUUGGACCCAUGUGUCCCAUAUGGUAACGUCAACAACACAAAUACGCAAAGUUAACAUGUGAGUCUUGAUAUGUAAAAGAAAAUCAAAUUACAGGAAAAUUAUAUUCUAAAAUCGACGUGGGCUAAAACUGAUGAUAUAUUAGACAGUAUCCCUUUCAAGGUCUUUUCAAUUAAAUUGCUCUUUUUAUUCACCCAAUAAUAAUAUGCGGUUAGUUUUAGCUUGCAUGUUCAGAGCACUAAUCCGGGGCUGGGAUUGUGGACAUUUCCAGAGCUCUCCAUCGGUGCUUGUUUGAUUCUC